AAAAGGAGGAAGUGCUCAGAUACCAGAGGCAGGGGUGCUGCGCUGGGCUGGGCAAGACGCAGUACGGAAUAGCUAUAAACCAUCAAACAAAAUGCAGACAGACUGGACAGGGGCGGAUUUUGCAUAUUGAAAACCUCCACCACUUUUGCAGAUCCACCCCCUCAGGCUUCGAACUUUGUGUCUUUCCUGGGUUCCCAUAAAAUGGGCCCUGGAUCCAAACCUCCCCUCCCCCCCCCCCCAGCUUUGGUUUGGCAAACAAGAUUUCGCCAAAACUCAACCCCAAAUCCACCGAGGCGUUGCCCAUCUCUGAUUGCAGGGCCGCGCGACGCCCACGAAGGACCCUGCUCCUCCUCCCUCCCCUGGGCUGCGGCCCCAGGGCGGCCGAGGGCCCUUUAAGAGUCAGGCCCAGGCUUGAGCUAGGCGGGCCGCCGACUCCCGCCCUCGCCGGGGAGCCUCCCGCGGCUGGCGCUGUCCCUUUAAGAGCUGGCCUACGUGGCAGCAGCCGGAGGGAGCAGCGGCGUUAGCAGCACUUCCUGUGCAGGCGCUUGCAGGAGAGGCAGGGCUGCGAGCGCCCAGGCAGCAGGCAGACGCCCAGCCUGCAGGAAUCCCCCUCGGCAGCACCCAGCCAGCCGGAGACCAUGGGCCAGAAUGACCUAAUGAGCACGGCUGAGGACUUUGCAGACCAGUUCCUGCGAGUGACGAAGCAGUACCUUCCCCACGUGGCCCGUCUGUGCCUGAUCAGCACCUUCCUGGAGGAUGGCAUCCGCAUGUGGUUCCAGUGGAGCGAGCAGAGGGAUUACAUUGAUGCCACGUGGAACUGUGGCUAUUUCCUGGCCUCCAUCUUUGUGUUCCUAAAUCUCUUCGGACAGCUGAGCGGCUGUAUCCUGGUGCUGAGUAGGAACUUUGUGCAGUAUGCCUGCUUCGGCUUGUUUGGAAUUAUAGCAUUACAGACCAUUGCUUACAGCAUUCUAUGGGAUCUGAAGUUCUUGAUGAGGAACCUUGCCCUUGGGGGAGGCUUGCUGCUGCUUUUGGCUGAGUCACGGUCAGAGGGGAAAAGCAUGUUUGCCGGGGUCCCCACCAUGCGGGAAAGCUCCCCCAAACAGUACAUGCAGCUGGGUGGACGUGUGCUGCUGGUCCUCAUGUUCAUGACACUGCUACAUUUUGAUGUUAGCUUCUUUUCUAUUCUCCAGAACAUCGUGGGCACAGCCCUGAUUAUCUUAGUGGCGAUUGGCUUUAAGACCAAGCUGGCUGCCUUGACUCUGGUCAUCUGGCUGUUUGCCAUCAACAUCUACUUUAACGCCUUCUGGACCAUCCCGGCCUACAAGCCCAUGCAUGACUUCCUCAAGUACGACUUCUUCCAGACCAUGUCUGUCAUUGGAGGGCUUCUUCUGGUGGUGGCGCUGGGUCCUGGUGGAGUCUCCAUGGACGAGAAGAAAAAAGAGUGGUAAUGGGAGCAAUGUAGCUUCCCAGGACACGACAGCUUAGGUCCAGGACUGAUUCUCUAUGGAUUCAACAAAACCUGCCAGCAUUUUACAUAUACCUGCUCCUCCUGUACCUUCCCCUGUUAAAGGCACAGAUGUCUUGAGAAUUUAAUUUACAGUGGCACCAGUAAUCUGAUGAUAGAUGAGAGAUCCUACUACUUCGAGGAACAUUGCCUAGGGUUAUUUUAUUGUUUUGUUUUUAACUUCCUAGAAUUGGAACUAACCCAAGGAAUCCACAUUUCAUUGAGUACUUCAGUAUUGGCUUUUAAAUUUAAAGUACUGUGAGCAGAUACACAGUAGUAUCA